AUGCACACUGAACUUCUCCUCGUGAUGGAGUUGCUUACACAUUCUCUAAACGGCUACGUCGCCGACCUCCUUGACGCCCCUCUACACUCUGUCGAACAUGCCACGCGAACAGCUCCUGAAGCCCCUCCAAAGGAAAACCUCCCCAUGACCCAGCGGGAAGAGACGCUCGCCAAAGCCCGCGUUGUCUUCGGCGGCUCCCGCCUCUCCAGUGCUGAAGAACGUAAACACGAGCUCGAAAGCAAAUCGCAAUGGAUUGCGGGAGUCCUCGUGCCUCCGAAACCUGAAGAGCCCGACAAUUGCUGCAUGUCCGGGUGCGUCAACUGCGUGUGGGAACUCUUUCGCGAAGAGCUUGAAGAAUGGGCGGCGAAAAGCACCGAGGCGAAACAGAAGAUGAUCGAGCAGCGCACAAAGGGCACCGCGACAGGUAUGAUGGCUCAGGAAUCGGGAAUGCCGAAGCAUGCGGCUGUGAGUAUGGAUGAUGAUGGGGGAGGGAGCGAGACGAAUUGGUCGACAGCGCCGGAGACGGAGGUCUACGAUGGGACGGAGGGGAGCGUGGAUCCGCUGGCGGGGAUUCCGGUUGGGAUCAGGGAGUUUAUGAAGACGGAGAAGAAGUUGAAGGCCAGGCAUAAAGCUGCUGGGGAGGUGAUGGAUACGGCGCUGGAUAAGGAUUUGAGGGCGAGUGUUUGGCGGUCGGGGGCGAGGACGUGA